GCUGGCCUUUCCGCUGCGCUUUCCCAAUUCCCACCACCGCUGCUGCCAGUCUGCCACAGCCCACAGCCAAGCGCCAACCCCCACUACGCCCGCCUCGGGCGUGCCGGCCCGAGCGACUGGGACUAGCGCUCAAGCGCUGGGCAGCUGGGCGUGCGAGCGAAUAAACAACGCCGCCACGAGAAGAGAGGAGAGCAGAGGGCAGUGGGGAGCUCGGAGACCGAGGGAGGCGAGGAAAGCGGCGGGUGCCGGGCCGCCCGCGCCGGUGCCGAGGUCCUCGAGUCGACCCCUUACGUCUGUCCCCCGCUUGCCGCCACCCGCUCGUGGUCCUUCCAUUUCCGUUUCCUCCCCCGCAUCCCUUUUUAAUGCUCGUCGUCCUCCAUUCUGUCGCCGCUGUGUUCGUGUCUCUCCUCGCUCCCCGAUCGCUGCCCCUGGGCGCCGCGUUCGCCGCCGGAUCUGGGGGCGGGACGGUGCCCCAGACGAACCGAUGGCGCGGGCGGCGCUUCGAUUGGGCGUGCGCGCGCUCGCGCUCCUCGUCUUCGUAUCAGUGGCUCUGCUUCCACUUGUCAGUUCCGACGAUGGGUACAGACACUGCGAGGGUGUCGUCAGGGGCUGGGCGGAUGCCUCGUCUGGGCGCGUGAAGGACGGGGACAAACUGAGCCUCAAGGAUUUGCUCUUCUUCCUCCACAUUCCUAGGACUGGAGGCCGCACCUACUUUCACUGCUUCCUCAAAAAGCUGUAUACGAACGCGCAGGAAUGCCCGCGUUCUUACGACAAACUACGGUUCGAUCCAAGCCAUCCUGAUUGCAAGCUGGUUGUUAGUCAUGAUGACUAUAGCUUAACUUCCAAGCUGCCAAGGGAGAGAACUUCUGUUGUAACGAUACUAAGAAACCCAGUUGAUCGUGUAUUUAGCACAUAUGAGUUCUCAGUUGAAGUUGCAGCUAGAUUCCUUGUGCAUCCAAACUUAACUUCUGCAAAGUUAAUGACUACCCGUGUGUUAACAAAGUCUCGUGCUGUCAGUACUUUGGACAUCUGGCCUUGGAAGUACUUGGUUCCAUGGAUGAGGGAAGAUCUGUUUGCAAGGAGAGAUGCCAGGGGUGUUUACAAAGUUCAUAGUAGUAAGAAGGUUAAUGCAUAUGAUGUGGACGAUAUGGUUAUGCCAUUACAUCGGUACAUCAAUGAUCCAGUUGCCCAUGAAAUCAUUCAUAAUGGGGCUACCUUUCAGAUUACUGGGUUAACGAACAACUCAUAUUUUGAUGGAGCACAUGAGGUUCGACAUUGUGUCAGGAAGCAUCCAGAUCUUGGUCGUAUUGUGCUUGAAGUUGCUAAGAAUAGGCUGGACCAGAUGCUAUAUGUAGGACUUACGGAGGAUCAUGAAGAAUCAGCGAGGUUGUUUGCUCAUAUGGUAGGAGCACAGGUGCUUUCACAAUCUGGGACAUUGACUUUAGAUCUCAAGGAAGAUCUGCCCAUUGAGACUGAUUCUCACCCAUCCAUGGAGCCUGAGGACGAAGAAACAAACGGACAUCUGAAUAGCACACAUGGUUGGCAGAAUAAUGAAGCGAUGAACUCUACCAACGACGAACAUGGAAAAGGAAAUAUGACUGUUGGUAAACUGAUGGAAGCUUAUGAAACUUGCAUUGCCAAACUGUGGAAAUCUCAAUCUGGCCGACGUAAAAUAUCCCUAAAGAAAGUUCAGGAAGCGAACUUUUCAAAAGAGGCACGGAAGCUGGUAUCUGAGGCAAUUCUGAACCAAAUCAUCUCAUUGAACAGACUUGAUAUGGAACUUUAUGACCAUGCUAAGAAAAUUUUUACUCAGGAACAUCUGAUGCUAAAAGCUCAGCAAUCCAUGGUGGGGCAGCACAGACAGUUUGGAGAACAAAAGUGUUUGAUGCAUGCGCACAUGCCAGAGAGGAGGAAACACGAUAAGAUGGUUGGAUCGGCGUAAUGUGCAGCGUCGGGAUUUGCCCUCCUUGGAUGGUGGUCUUGGUUGUUCUAGGGAUCUCCACGAUCAUAGUUUUGGUCACGUUAGCUGUAACGACGAGAAAAAGAACGUCUAAACUUAAGGUUUAACCGGAAUUCAUGAGGCAGUCUAUAGAUUAUGAUGUAUAGCCUGGGAGGCUGGGACAGGCGUUAGAGCAACUCCAAUAAGUAUAAUAAAAUAUAGCUCCUAAAACA